UAUGACUGGAUUCCAAAUGAAUCCGCCUCCACCAACGGCUACUAUGCCCUUCGCUUCCGAGAUUGCUGUGUUCGCCUCUGCGGAAGCCAAAGGGAGUGAAGAGCACCUUCUCUCAUUGACCCGGGCUGCUGGUCCUGUGACGAGCGGUUCGGACAAUGGUACAGGCAAGAAGCGCGCUCACGACGAGGACGACAACGACAACGAAGACAGCGGCCUCGGCAGCAAAGAGAAGCGCCCGAAGGAGAAGACGCUGGCUUCGGACGAGUUCGACUCGCCCACCACCUACACGCACGGCGAGCACAUCAACGUCGGUUCGGGUGACGUUGCGCGACUCAGCAACAAAUCAUGGAGCCGUCUUCGUCUUCGCCGCGUCGCUUCUCGCCGAUCCUCCAAACGGAACGUCACUAGAGCUACCACCUUCAUCGCCUCGGGAUA